UACGGUCUUGAGGAGGUCAAGGGGGAUGGGCUGCAGACACCUGCCCAUCACCAGGGACUUAUGCAUGUUCAACCUCGUGGUGAACUGUUUCGCUCCUCAAAUUUUCGAGCACCCAUCGACGACGGUGAAUUGGAUAUUUAUGACCCCACGAGGCCUUAUUCCUUCCCUCAAGGUGUGGCGUAUAUGGGAGUGCCAGUGGCCGGUGUGCCCCAGCGGUCUCUAUCUUUCUCGGCCCCAUCCUUUGUCCAGCCUCAAUGGAGUGGCACUCAGCAAUAUGCGCACAGUCCGACGUACGACAUACAAUCAACGAUUCCAUCACCAGCCACCAAUUAUAAUCAACAGCAGAUGGUAUCAACUUAUCCUUACGAGGUAUCACCCUACGGUCAGUCCCGACCAUCUAACUAUGGUGCUAUGGUGCAAAACCGACGACAUUCAGCGAUACCCAAUGCGAAUAGCGCAGCCCAUAUGACGUACUCAGCCGCCAUGGUACCUAAUGGCACCAUAGCAAUAGAUCAUAGUCUUUCAACCCAUACCUUUGGGGACAUGUUCAACGCUUCGACCCCCAAUGCGACGGUGGAAAGCGCUUCAGCUAGCGGAGGAGGGGGCUACGAGACGUCUGAAGUAAUCAGUCAGCAAAAUGGCGUUCAUGGCAUGAGUGCUUCUCUACCACAGGGUGCAGCUGGAUUUGAGAAUCAACUCUCGAACGGAUACAGCCAUUCUAUGAACCGACUGCCGAUGAGCGAGUAUGUCCAGGCAUCGGGAGGACCAGCGUAUGGUUCGGCAAGCAACAGCACAACACCAACCAACCUCACAAUGGCUCUAGAGAGCACAGAUUUAACACCCCGAGAUGAGGAUUGGGGUAGAGCGGACUCACUGCUCCCUAAGAACGAAGGAGACUAUUAGUAUUACACGUGUGAGGGUGUGCAUUCUGUUGCCAGAAAAUGUACCAUCUAAAAUGUUUGGCUUGUCUGUUUGUUUCUUGUUUCUGAUAGCAUCUUCAUAUGUCGGUGCGGCGCGGUUUUUGCCCUUUUGGUCAGCAAGCGCCGGCAUGGUAGCAAUGGCGUUCAGGGUAGGGCAUGGGCAUCUCUAAUGGUGUGCUCAUAGGCUGGUUGGUUGGUCAUUCACGGUUCGUUUAUUCUCUAUUGCUCUUUUUAUGUGUACUGGGCGUUAAAUGGCGUUAAAUGGAAUUUAGGAGUUGCCCACCAGAAGUAUUUAUUUAAUAUUAUUCUGACUAGGUAUAACACUCUUUGGCGAUAGCAUUGUAGCAACACAGGUAUUCGAGCGUAAUGUAGUUAUUGUGAGUAGUAUCU